AUGUUUCUUUACAAUCAACAAGACAGACCUAUUUUCAACAGCCCUGAAAGCUUAAGAACUUCAACCUCUCCUGACUCUGUGUACUCCUCGUCAUUUUCAAGAGCAAACACUCCAGUCAACUUUGCAAACACUCCAGCCACUACCGCGGAAAACACCCCAGUCCAAUAUAAGGAAAUGGAAGUCAACCGUGAAUUCCAAUUUGGCCGUGCCCAAAGCACAUCCUCCGCCACCAGUCCUUCUAACUUGCCAAACAUCAGUGUUUCCGAUGAUAUGGAAAAGUACAUUAGUGAUUUGACUACCGAAGGCUCUACCGAACCUGCUCAACCUAUUAGAAGCGUCUCUCCUUUCCACUUGUCCAAUUCCAUUUGGGACUCUUCUUCUGCCUUCACUUCUCCUCAUAAGUCUCAAGAGUCAAGCUCCUCCUUUAUGGCAGACAACUCUCCUUUGAAAGCCUUGCCUGGCAGAACCAACUCUUUGCCAAAGUCAGCUACCUUGAGUAUUGACAUCAACCAGGCUAACGGUCCCAACAUAAAAAAGCCGAUUGGAUCGGCCUCAUUUUCUGGAAGCAGCAACACUUUAACUCUUGGUGAACAACACUCUAGAAAGUUAUCUGGAGGUGACCUGAUCUGGGGAAACUUUACACCAUCUUCUGAGUUCUUUGGUAAAAGUAUCACUUCCAAUGAUAUGACUAGCUUGAACAGUGGUAUUAACUAUUUGAAUAUCAAGCAAGAUGCCCCUGCUCAUCCUCAACAACAAUUGAAAUCUCCAUUAUUAGCUUCUUUUAACAACAAGUACUCCUAUACUAAUAACAAUGGUAUUGAUGCAUUCUCUCCAGCUAAGGAUAGCUUUUUUGUCGGCAAUGCUAACGCCGCUUCUGUCCCAAGAAGUGCUACUGGAUUUUUCGAACAACAACCACAACAACAACCACAACAACCACAACAGUUGUCUCAGGCUAGCAUGGCACAAAUUUUGAAUUACUUCACCCGUUCUGAGGACUCUCAAAUUCAGCAAUUGACUUUGGAAGGCUUGAAGAAUUUGAACUAUGAUAAAGUUUUCUCUAGCAAAGCUGGUCAGUUGCCAAGAUUUUUGUUGCCAGGGCAGGACGCUAAUUUAAAUGACGCUGCUUUUAACAUGCAACAACAACAGCAGCAGCAACAACAUCAACAUCAAUUGGUUUUGGUUUCUUUUAAGAAUGGUAGAUUGGAUAUCUUUUUCCAUCCUUUGAACAAUGCUUUUAACCCGUUGAAGGUUGGUGAUUUGGUUUUCGUGGAAGCUGACCGUGGUAAAGAUUUGGGUAUGGUAGUUUCUACCGAUAUUUCAAUCGAUGAUGCAAGAUUGAUCAAGAUGAUUCAGAAUGAAGAACAGACUGAUGCCUUGAGAUUUGACAACAACGAUGUUGCUAAUAACAACAACAACAACCCACCUCAACCACACAUUCCUAAACAAGUUGUGCGUACUGCUAUGCCACAUGAAGUUUCCCAAAUCAUUCACAAGCAAUCUGAUGAGCUUAAGGCAUUGGCUAUCAUGCAAUCCAAGAUCAUCAUCCACAAGGUUCCAAUGAAGGUCUUGGGGGCAGAGUAUCAAUGGGAUAGAAGAAAGUUGACUUUCUACUAUGUUGCUAACAAGAGAAUUGAUUUCAGGGACUUAGUGAAGGACAUAUUCAGAAUUUACAAGACUAGAAUCUGGAUGUGUGCCGUUACUCCUACCGAUAUGUCAAUUAAGGAUUCUAUUGUUGAUGAAUCUAUGAUCCCACCUCCUCAACAGUUUCAAUUUCCACCGGCUCCAAAUGCCACCCCAAUGAAGGUUGAUGCUCAUCAACGUCAACCAAGCCUCAUUCGCCAUGAGAACUUGGACUCGAUUUCAUCGAUCAACAGUGAUCUUAACAAUAACUAUUCCUACAGUACUUUGCCAGUGAACUUCCACCAACAACAAAGCUCCUUUGGCCAGUUAUCAUUCAACAAUAUGCCAAUGCAAAUGCAACCUCAAGUGCAAUCUCAAAACCCACAACAACAACAUCACCAUCAACGCCAAUACACAAGUAGCGGAUUGACUGCUAAUGUCUGGAACGCCUGA